CUAGUCUGCGAAUCGCGCACUCGCUGAAGGUCGAUUACGUUGCAGUUUGCUGUCAGAGCUACUGGCGUGCACUUCAAAUUCAAUAGUCCGAGUCCGUGCGGAGAGCGCAGCUUUCCAGCAGCUGGCAGCAUGACUCUGGAAGCCCUGGUCACCGCAUUAACUUGCCUGAGCACCCCCUCGACGACGCUGCCCGGAAACUUCGUAACAAAUAUCAUGGUAGACUCGACGCAGCCCUUUCGCAAUCACACGCUCGGCUGUCCGGCGGUCGUGCUCGAUGCCCUGAUGGCGCGAGUUCACUAUAUGAGCGCUGAGCUGCAAUCUCUGCACGCGGAUCUCACUGAAGUACAGCAGCUCAUCGAUGAGUACAAGAGCCAAGCGCCAGUGCAACCUAUAGAGUCACGGAUGCAGCAAUUUCAGCCUGUGGCACCAAGUGUGGCAUGCAAAGUGGACGACACCCCUCGCAAUUGUAUUGGCCAGAAGCAUGGCCCUGUGCGGAUCCGAAUCUCGCCGGAUAUGGAGCCGUUCUACGUUAUUUGUGAUCAGGAAAAGCAUGACGGUGGCUGGCUGGUGGUCGCCCACCGCUUCGAUGGCAGCGAGGACUUCUAUAGAGAUUGGCGCACAUAUAAAACGGGCUUCGGCUCGUUGAACUCCGAGUUUUUCAUUGGCUUGGACAAACUCUACCGGCUGACCAUCAGCGAUACCCACGAGCUGCUCAUCAUAAUGAAAAACGAGAUGGGUGAGUACUUCGCGAACUAUGACCAGUUCAGCAUUGGCAGCGAAGACGAGAAGUAUUUCCUCUAUGUACUGGGCUCCUACAAGGGCAAUGCUGGCAACGCGCUGCAGCACCACUCCGGCAAGAAAUUCACCACCUACGACCAGGACAACGACGACAACGGCCAGAAUUGUGCUAGCAUUCAUAUGGGCGCCUGGUGGUAUGGACGCGACUGUAUUAAGAGUAAUCUCUUUGGCACGUUCCAGAAGAGGUAUGGGCAACAGAUUGACUACUAUAAGGGCAUUCUGUGGAAUCACAUUCAGCCCGGACCCAAGGGCUCUUUGCGAUAUGUUCGCAUACUAAUCAGACCCUACAAGCAGUCGUAGCUUCAGCCUUGCAUAGCUGACUAAAGAAGCUCUAAAUACUCCAAAAAUGUAUGCAGAAUU